AAGAAUGAAACUAGGCAUGAAACCUCGACCUUCCCUAAUCCCUAAGGGGUAAAAUGGUGGAUUGGGCCUUAGCUUAUUGGAUUGUAAGGGCUGUAGAUAGCUCUAGUUGUUUGUUAUGGCUGCCUAAUGCAUGUUCAUGUUGGAGUUAGUCUAGCCCAGCCCAUUCUUUACAAAUGAAAUAAAAGGUACGAGCUGGCGCACUGUGCACCCUUCCAAGCGGCGUAGGUGUCGUUUUCUCCAUUUGCCUUGGAAUUAGGUGGCACAGUGACGCGCAGUGCGAGCCGGUCAGCUCCUUCCUCCGGCAAAUUCUUCCCCGUCGACGCACACGCAAAAAUCUGCUGUCGCUCCUUCAUCCCGUCGUCGAGCUUACCGCUAGUCUGUUGGUGUAGCCAGGUCCACUAGAGCUCCUAAUAGGUCUGUGGAUAUCGGAGAUUAGGUUCGCGAGUCGGUGGUUUAAAAUUCUCUCGAUGUUGAUUCGAUCGGAAAAGAAUUAUAGGCUCUCGGCUCUAAUCUUUACCUCUUCGAUUCUCCUGCUCUGCUGCUUUCCCGAUCUGACGCUUUCAGCUGUCGUUACGCUGGAUUCCAUGGAAAUUUAUAAAACUCACGAGUGGCUAAAGAGUUGGAAACCGACGGUGUACUUCCGCUGCAAUGGGGAGAACGAAACUGAGUUGCCUGAUGUCAAAGAAGUCAAUGUCACGUACAGCUUCAAUGGCGAUGAAUCUUGGCAGCCAUUGACAGAGCUUACCUCCAAGAAAUGCAAGCGUUGUGGGUUCUAUGAAAAGGAUAGCUUUAAAUCCGACGAUGUCUUUGACGAAUGGGAGUUCUGUCCUUCGAACUUUUUGGAUUCUGAUGGAAAGUAUCGGCGGGUCAAGGAGCACGAAUUCGAUGCAAGCUUUUUGUGCAAACAUUGCGUGCCUCUGGCAACUGAUUCGAGUCGAGACUCUAAUAGCUCACCUCCCAAGCGGAAAGGAAAGCAUGUUGCUGUGAUUGUACUGAUCUGCGCCCUAGUUUCCGCUAUGUUGAUUCUGGGGUCAGUUGCAGCAUACAAGUACUGGCUAAGGAAGAAGAGGGAACAGGAACAAGCUCGAUUUCUGAAACUUUUCGAAGACGGUGAUGAUGUUGAGGACGAUUUGGAUAUGGAUACAUUAUAGAUGAAUACUCAGUAGCUUUCUUACUUUCCUGUACAGAUAACGUUGCAUUUUACGUGAACUGGACGCUAACAGAGCAUUGAUUAUUCAAGCAGAAAUCUUCAUUUCUUCAGUGACUCGUUGAAGUUAUCUAGUUCUUUUGAAUCGAAACCGUAGAUCGCCUUGAUCUUUCUCUACAAGAGCUGCGAGCCUCUUUAUUGAAUUUCUUAUUGUCGAUGCCGUACUAAGACUCGAACACAUCGAUUUCGACUCACAAAAGUAUGGCCGAUCUGGGAAAGAGAACCAAAAAUAUAUGUAUAUGGGUUAA